CUCUAGAGGCCGGCGUGUGUGGAAGCUGUGUGAGAGAUGGCGGAACCCGGCAGGAGACGGGGUCCGAGGUCCCGCGGUGGCGGCGCUGGCCGAGGCGCUCGAAGAGCCCGGGUCGCCCGUGGCCGGCGUCCUCGCGCCCCGCAGUCUCUGCCUCGGUUCAUUCCAGACACAGUGCUUGUGGACUUGGUCAGUGACAGCGACGAGGAGGUCCUGGAAGUCGUCGCGGACCCGGUAGAAGUGCCGGCCGCCCGGCCCCCCGCGCCGGCCGCACCUGGGCAGGACAGCGACAGUAACAGUGAAGGGGCGGACGAGGGGCCUACGGGAGCUCCUCGUACCUUGGUCCGGAGGCGGCGGCGGCGGCUGCUGGAUCCCGGCGAAGCGCCGGUGGUUCCUGUGUACUCCGGGAAGGUACAAAGCAGCCUCAACCUCAUCCCAGAUAAUUCGUCCCUCUUGAAACUUUGCCCCUCAGAGCCUGAAGAUGAGGCAGAUAUGACAGAUUCUGGCAGUCCUCCCCCUGAGGAUGCCCUACUUUCAGGUUCUCCCUGGAAGAAGAAGCUGAGGAGUAAGAAUGAGAAAGACGAGAUGAAAAUGGAAGAGUUUCCGGACCAGGACAUCUCUCCUUUGCCCCAACCGUCACCAAGAAACAAAAGCAGAAAGCAUACUGAGGCGCUACAGAAGUUGAGGGAAGUAAACAAGCGCCUCCAAGAUCUCCAGGCCUGCCUGAGCCCCAAGCAGCACCAGAGCCCAGCCCUUCAGAGCCUAGAUGAUGAGGUGGUCCUAGUGGAGGGGGCUGCCUUGCCACAGAGUCCGAGACCCUUCACCCUCAAGAUCCGGUGCCGGGCUGAUCUUGUCAGAUUGCCUGUCUUGACGUCGGAACCCCUUCAGAAUGUGGUGGAUUACAUGGCCAAUCAUCUUGGGGUGUCCCCAAGCAGGAUUCUUUUACUCUCUGGAGAGACGGAACUGUCGCCCACUGCCACCCUUAGGACCUUAAAGCUUGGAGUGGCUGACAUCAUUGAUUGUGUGGUGUUGACAAGUUCUUCAGAGGCCACAGAGACAACCCAGAAGCUCCGACUCCGGGUGCAGGGGAAGGAGAAACACCAGAUGUUGGAGAUCUCGCUAUCUCCUGAUUCUCCUCUUAAGGUCCUUAUGUCACAUUACGAGGAGGCCAUGGGACUCUCCGGACACAAGCUCUCCUUUUUCUUUGAUGGAACAAAACUUUCGGGCAAGGAGCUGCCAGCUGAUUUGGGCAUGGAAACUGGGGAUCUCAUUGAAGUUUGGGGCUGAAGCUUCCUCCUCCUGUUUGGAUGCAGAGCCAAGACUUGGGGACAACAGCUCCCACUUAUUACUAUUUUUUUGCCCCAUAAGGGCUAACAAACUGAAUUAGAACUCGUUUAUUUAUUUAUUUCCGGUACUGGGGAUUGAACUCUGGACUAUGCACAUGCUAAGAAUGUAUGAAGUUGUGGUAAAACCAAGGCAAGGUGUGACCUUUGGCCUGUCUCUUGUUGACUGUAGUCUCAAACAGUUGACUGAUUGGUAGUUUUGUGGCUGUGGCUGCCCUGGGUGGCCUGUGGCUGUGUGUGGCACCUCUGGGGCACAGAGAAGGGGUAUUGGAUUCCCUACCAUUUCACAUUCACGAGUGCGCUUCAUAAAACAUCUGUCUGAAACUGCAUAUAUUGGGUUUGUUGAACUAAAUGAGCAUUGCAUUUGGGUGCCCCGGCUUGGGAUUUAUGCCACAUUGGGGACCAACAGUGAUCUUAAUUCUCAUUUGGGGCUGAGAAUGCAGGUACAUUCCCUGGUGGGGAUAUUCAGUUGCAGGAAUAAAACAAGUGAUAACAUAUAUGAUGCUGAUGCUGAUGCUGAGGACUAGGUAGACAAGUGAGUAGUUUUUAAAGGCUAACAAUAGUGGUGUCUUCAGCCCUAGGCAUCCACUCUUCUAGAACUUAGCAAUGUCUGGUACACACUUCCUGGCAUGUACAUCUAGCCACAUCUGAGCACAUGCAGCUGUUAACUUUGAGGUCUACUUUAGUUUUUGGUCCUCCUUCCCUUGUACUUCCUCUCCUGUUAGCACCCACUUAGUAUAUUUGCAUCUUUGAAUAUGAAUGUCUUUAUAAGAUAAAUUUCUGAAUGUGUGUGAUUUUAGUGUAUAUACACGGUAUUGUGCAAUAGACAUUCUGUCUUCACUCAGUAUGAGUGACAAUCUAGCCAUGUUAGCGCCUUCUAGAUCUGUUGUUGCUCUGAUCUACUGUGGGUGCCCCAUAGUGGCAUUCAAUGAUUUUACUCACACAUUGCCUUAAGUGGGAGGAUGCCUGAGUCUCCAGCUGCCUGGAACUAUAUUCCAGGCCACAGCAAACAUCCUUUUAUGUGUCUCCUUCUGGGCCAGGGUAGGUAGUUGUCUGGCAUACUUGCCCAGGAUGGAACUGUGGGUUAUACAGGUUCAUUUUUCUGGUUUGCCCAGAGUUUUCUUCAGAAUGAGGACUGGCCUUUCUUGGAGCUUCUCUUUCCUUGUCUUUACCAGUAUUUGGUAUUGCUGUACUUUCUGAUUUUGCCGGUCCAUUGUGUAUAAAGAUAUGCAGAUAUCUUAAAAUCCUUUAUCAUCACCAUUUCUUAUCCAUGUCCGCCUUCCGGUUGUCUUUGUAGCUGCUUGCUUUCUUGUGGGGCUUCCUUUUGUGUGUUUCUUUCCUUUGAGGAGUUGCUUAUGUUCUGGGCGAUUGCAAAUAACCUUUAGGGAUUUUCACCAAACAGACAUUCUUAAUUUUAAUGUAGACAGUUGGCUUUUGUUAGAAAGUUUGUUGCUUUUUUAUUUUUUUAAGGGAAAAUGAGAAAAGAACUUCCAGUGUAGGAGGGUCUCUAUCGGGGAUAUCUCAGGAUUGAUACUUUUGGAUUUCUAAACUAGUUAAGAAACUUUUGUUUUCUUCUAUUAGCUCGCUAGUUUUUUGUUGUUGUUGUUUUUAUCUCUCUCAUAUUGAGACCAUUAAAUGACAAUGGAGUUCUAACCGUCUACCAUGGUAUGGGUACUGACUGUUCUGAGCUCUCAGCUCUGGUUCUCACUGGUUGCAGCUGGGCUGCACUGGUUCUUGACUAUUGUGUGUCACUUCUAAACCAUCUGAAAUGCACCUUUGUGUGGGAGAGCAAGUUUUAUUUUGUUUUUAAUUAUAAUGAGCCAGUUUUCUAAGCUUUGUCUACUAAAAAAAAAAAAAAAAAAAAAAAAAAGACUACUAAUAUGUAGUCUGACUUUCACAAAAGUAUGUCAACUUCUUAAACUUUUUUGUGUGUGUGAGAAUGUUGUUCUUUUGGAUUUGUAACAUUUAAAUACUCCAUGACAUGGUGUAGCUUCCAGGUUUCUCAGCUCUUGUAUGAUGAUUAAUGAAUCUGAACACAUUACUAUUAUGUAUUCAAUCUCUACUAAUAAAGGGAGAUGCCUUUAACUUAGAAACACUGAUGCUUUCUGUCUUUGUGGCUCUCAUGUGAUCCCAUUUGAAGUUCUGUGACAAGAGACCAUUAGUUUUUCCCAAACACCCAAUCUUCUUUGUCCUUGAUUAAUAAAAUCCAUGGCUUUUU